AUGGAUAACGAAACGGCAAUUCGACUUAUUGAAAUAUAUGGUUCAUUUAAUGCAUUAUGGGACACCAGGCGCAAAGAAUAUCAUAACAAUAAUUUAAGAGAAGACAUGUGGGAUGAAAUCGCAAAAAAUUUCGAGCAACCGAAAGCAGUUCUAAAAACCAAAAUGAAAAGUCUUUUAAGCUCAUACAGAAGGGAGAGAAACAGAGAAAAAACGAGUAACAUUACUGGUUCGGAUAGAAACAAGGCCUACAAGUCUAAAUGGUUUGCCUACGAAUCUUUCCACUUUUUGCAUGAUAGGGGUAAUCCUAUUGACACAGUGGAUUGUGGCUCAUCGUCGCAGUCACAUAAUACAGAACAAGGAGCUACAGAACAAGGCGCUACAGAACAAGGCGCUACAGAACAAAGCGCUACAGAACAAGGCACUUCAGAACAAGGCGCUACAGAACAAAGCGCUACAGAACAAGGCACUUCAGAACUAAAUAUGACUAACAUGAAUACUGCAUCUACGAUUCCAACUAAAAGGAAGCCACAAAGAGAACACACGAAGAUCCGGAGUAUGAUGCCGAGAAUAAAAUGU